CGAGAAAGUGUCAUUGCGAUCGCCGAACGACUGCCGAGACGAUGCUGGCCCAAGUCCACGGCUGCACAGAUCCCGGCAACCACGUCAAGGAGAACCAGGACACCUUCCUCGCCAUAAGCUAUAAGACCCACACCGCACUGGCCGUGUUCGACGGCCACGGGAAGACGCAUGGCAAGCUCGCGGCCGAGACGGCCAAAACCUUCUUCGAGCAAAAGCUGCAACAAGAUCGGACGUACGAUGAUUUGAUUGAGGACGGCGAAAACACAAUGCGGUGCCUCUUUGACGAUUGUCAUGCUGCGAUCGGCCAGGCAUUGCGGGCGUACUACGAGCGCCAACGGCUUCAAGUGGUCGAGCGGGAAGGUGGCUACCUUAUUGUUAAGCAAGGGAUGCUUCAAAAGUCUCUUCUCGUACAGGGAGGCACCACAGCAUCAAUUGUUGUCAUAUUGAAUGGUGGGGCUACGAUGCUGUGUGCCAAUGUCGGCGAUUCCUCCGCGUUGUUGUGUGUUCCAAGUCCAUUCGACGCGUCAUGGUCGUCUCUGCAAGCGUCAAAUGUGCUGCAUCUCCUUCGAAGGCCCGACGCGCCUCCGGUGGCGCUACCUGCAGAGUUGCCGGAAUCCAGCCACGUGUUGCAGCUAAGUGGCGACCACUCCCCCGAGUGCAUGACAGAAUUUGAGCGGACGGCGAUGGCGCGAAGUGUUCCAACAAAGAACGGUGCCAUUCCAGAGCUGCUUUUCGUGUACGACGGGCUCGUCGAAAGCUCGAAUCAGCGUGUCAGUGUCAGGGACAAGCACGCUGCACUCGAAAAGACGCCAGUGUACACGCACCGCAGCGGCAAACUCGUCAAGGUCGGCGAAGGCUGUUACUUCAAGAACGUGCGUCAAGAAUGGGCAUCGCUUUGCUGCACUCCGUCGCGGGCCAAAUUUCACGAAUCCCUUGCGUUUACGCGAUCGCUUGGCGAUUAUUACAUCCAUUCGUACGGGCUCACGCAUGAACCGGACGUGAUUCAAGUCGACGUGAAGCAGCUCAUGGCGCAGGAAGGGUGGAACCAAGUCAUCGUAGUCGUGGGCAGCGAUGGUGUCUGGGACGCGUGGGAGUACGCGCAAUUCAGCUCAGUCCUGUGGAAGGCCAUGGACGACCACAAGGGCGUGCUCAAACAGGUCGCGGACGACGUGAUGCGUCAGAACAAGGCGGUCUCCGCCCAAGUGUUUGGCACGGCUGUCGACAACAUGACGCUUGUCGUGUGCAGUUUAACGGUGGCGUAAUGGAGAUGUUUUGACCCACCGGAUCGGUUGACUCCGUCGCGACCGCCACA